AUGGAGUAUAAGAUACCGAAUUUUUACUAGUAAUUACAUUCUCAUUAUAAAAGAGCCAUGCCACAAUGUUCCAGACUAGGACAUCAGGAGAAUAUUGUUUACUUUUGUGUAAAUGAACAAUGUCCUAAGAAAUUUGAAGAGUUAUGUGUUUAAUGCCUAAACAAAAGAGAGACCUCUCAUAAACAUUCAGAAUAUCUACUUAUCGAAAAUGCAUAUAAUUUUUUAACAGAUCUCUACUAUAGAUAAUAAAAUAAAAUUGAGUAACAGGCUUGCCUUUAGGAGGCUUUUGAAAGUAUAAAAACAUUGAAAUUCAAGAUUUUGGAAAUCUUUGAAAAUAUGGAAAAUCAAAUGGCUUAACUCAAAGAUAGAUUUGAUACUUAAUAUCAUUUGUAACAACUCUUCAAAUAAAAUUUUGUUGAUAAACAAAAUAAGAAAAGGUUUUUUAUCUCAGAGCUAAAACAACUCAUUUAAGAUUUCAAUAAAUAUGUUUAUUAUAACUUUGAAAAGUCAGGAAUUAAUACCAUAAUUAUGAAAGAAUUUUCUGACUAUUUGGAUGACAUAUAAAAGAUGAAUUUUUCAGAAGCUUAAAAAGAUAUUCAAAAUUUAAUAUAAUUCACUAAAAGCUUAAACAUCAUAAAACAUUAAUAAUUAAAAGUAAUGCAUCGACUCCAAGAAAAGGUACCUGAUUAAUCAUUUAUUCUAACUUAAAAGCCGAUCGGGUUUAGUGCAAUUAGUUUGUAGAGAUUUUAGCUCUUAGGUAUUUACAUUCCUCACUUACUGCCUAUAGAGAGAUAACGAGUAUGUAUAUGA